CCUCCGUCGCAUCGGGCCGAGCCGAGCCAGCCGCGCGGCCAGCACGCGUUUCUCCGCCUUUCGCGUCUCGUCGCGUGUGCGUGCGUGUUUGUCUGUCUGUGUGUGUGUGUCGUGCGUCAAGUGAUUGUCGGUGUCCUCUCGCGGUGCGGCGUGCUCGUCUCGAAGGAGACCGCGCCCGUGCGCGUCACGCGGGCCCGGGUUCGACUCCCGCCGUCUGCUCGCGGUGGGGAUGAGUGCGUAGCAGUGCGUAGCCCUCCUGCGACUGAGUGCAACCGAGUGCUUGCCGCGCUGGUUCCGGGACAUGGUGUCGGCAGCGAGUUGCCUGUGAGACUCGUCGCCUUCCACGGCCCGUUCGAUGAACGUGGCAUCAAUGACACUGGACUAACACGAUCCACCAAUGGAUUUCUCGGAUGAAGAGUUCUACGAUGACAUUCUGGAUAAACUCUCGGACCGUUCUGACCUUGGAGGCUGCCUCCUGGACGGAGCCCCUCCGGACGUGCCGCCGCGGAACGUGGUCAUGAACCGCAUGAACGGACGCGGCGGCGGCCACCUGGGGAACACGCUGCCGCCCAUGGGCUCGCAGGGCCACAACACCCUCGGCGGCCACGGCCACGGCCACGGCCACCACGCGCACAACGCGCACGGCCACGGCACGCUGCCCAACAUGGCCAACCUCGCCAACCUCGGCGUGGCGGGCCAGGACCCCGACGGCGACUUCGAGCCGUCCUGUCUGGUGCGCACCCCGUCGGGCAACGUCUACAUACCCACAGAUAUUUCCAAGAAUUCACAGCUGGACUACAAGUCAAAUUCUUCAUGCAGUAGCCCAUCAAAAGGAGAAAAUUUGAAAAAAUCAGAAAGGGGUACCUUACCAUUUGGAGCUGCAGUGCCUGUUUUACCUGUCCGUAACAAUUUAAGGAGACCAAACUCAGGACAUUUUGCACAACCCCGCCUUCAUUUUCGGAAAGGGUUGGCUGCAAGAUGUUCUUGGAAAUGCACAGCAAUAUGUUUUAUUGCCCUUACAAUUGUACUGACAGCAACAAUUACGUACAUGUCAGCAGCCAACCUCCUGUAUUGGUCUCAUCCGAGUGCCAAUCCAUGCACAGUUCAUGUGAAUGAGAAUGUGGAAUCCCCUAAAGUGGCCACUACGGAAGUAUCUCUUAAUCGGUCCGCAAGCAAUCGAUCAAGGCCAGCCACGACACCUGGAGGUAAAAAUAAUGUAGCCUCUUUGCAAUCCGAAUCUGGCUCAAAUCCUACUCAUCGUAGACGUAGAGAUACUAGAAUGGAGCAUGAUUUAGUUUCAACACCAUCUGGCACUACUAAUCCAACAAUCACUGACUUGCCUGCUCCUGAAAGUUUUGAUUCUGUAGAAACAGUUGAGCUUGAUCCUUCCCUUGUGUUGUUGCAUGAUGGGGAUUUGCAUGGUGUGGGGAGUAGAUUGGAUUUGGGUGCACCUUCUUCCUAUGAGUCAGACGCGGCAGAAGAGGACUUUAAUCUGGUUGAUGGGAGCUUGGAGCAUGCUGGGGAAGAGGCAUCAACCACCAGCGAAGCAAGUUUGACUAACACAUCAGAGCAGGACUCUGACAGCAUUGGAACGCUUAAAGAUCCAGCAAAGGUUGCUCUGCAUCUUUCUGUAACAUCUGCCAUUGCUUCUACUCCUACUGACAUUGGCGCAUUCACAUCUGCAGAGAGCUUGUUUGUUACUGAGACAUUAAAUGAAAACAGCCCAACUCAAAGUUCCAAAUCUGUUGAAGUUCCUCCUGUACUUGAAUUUCAAUCAGAAGUUGAAUAUUCACCUAGUGAUAUUCCUGAUGACAAGGAUCAAUGGUUGGUUUCUGAUGAAGAGAGACUUCAACAAGAUGCACCAUUGUAUUCAUAUGGAGUGGAUAAUAUUGAAAUUAUUGAGUUAAGACAUGAUCUAGAGCCUUCUUCGCUUAAAAAAAUGAACGAACCCUCAGAGGAUGUUUUAUCUGAGCCCAAAUUUGAAAGUGUUAAUGACCUUUACAAAUAUUCUGAUGAGAAUGAAGUUAAUGAAGCUAUAUCUGCGAAAGAUGAAGAUAUUUCUAACGUGUUCAUUCAAGAAUUUUCCUCAGAUAGUAAAAUUAACAUAUCUGAAGUGAAGGCCACAACUCAAAUGACUCCAUUCCAGGAUGCAACUGUUGUGGAAACUGAUCUGAAAAGCUCUCCUGCAGUUGCGCACAGUUUGGGAGCUAGCCAAGAAUCUCUACCAUCUAGAAAUGUUUCAAAUCAGCAAGUAGCUGCUGACUCUAGAGAAAUAAAUUCUCAUCAUGCUAAGCGUGUGCUAGUGAAUGUGACUAUCGCAACAGAGGAUGGUGGAGACCAGCAUCACACAAAUCAACAGGUUUACGUACUUUCAGUAGCAAUCCCGUCUGUUGCUGACACAAGUGUAAAUGGUGGAUCCAUAGACUUGAGUCCUCCUCAGCAGAAUGUAGCCUCUGUGCAUCUUGGCCUGCAAGGAGGCCUGUUUAAUGAUUCACAUCCGUUAUCCACAACAGUUAGUUCAACCUUGUCAACUACACCAACGUCGUCAUCAGAGCCUCAUUGCCAAUGCUCUUGCCCUUGUCUCGACAGUCUGUCUGGGUCACAUAAUAACCAAACUGCAAACCUGACCAAAAUUCCAGGAAAAUAUAGUGAAGACCCCAGAGCCCAAGAGGACAACAAAAACCAGAGCGUAUCUGGAAAAAACCCGCCUGACUUGAAUUUUAAGGAUGGAAAUCAUGCUUCUACUCCUUUGUCUGAUUAUGAUGAGUCAACAAUUCCUUUUAAUGAAGAUGAAAGCACAUCAGAUGAAAUACCUACUACUUUGAAAGAUGAAGAAGGCUUGUUUGAGGACAGCACUCUCUCUACUCUGCAACCCGUGACACAAACUGAUACAACGACGCAGCAGCUGUGUGUGCAGCCCACGCAGCCACCUCCCAUCAUUCUUUUAUUGGAAGGAGCCAAAACGGUGCCUAUGAGAACAUUCCCUCCAGAUGGAACAACAUUUGCACAAGUUCAACUUGGCCAACGGCUGUCUCAGGAGAUUCCAGCAUAUGGAUACUGGAACAUGCAAUUUUACCAGUCUCGAGCUGCAUUUGUCUCUUUUGAUUGGAGCAUUCAAAGAGGAGCCUCUAUUGGAGUUUAUGCUCGACGGAAUGCUCUUCCAACUCACACCCACUACGAUAUUUUGGAAGUUUUGUCUGGAUUCAAACCUCGCCAGACGAGGUCCUCUCAUCCUCUUAUGAAAAAAGAAGUGAGCCAUUACUUAGAGCAAGGACAUUGGUUCCUGUCUCUUUAUAAUGAUGAUGGCGACCCUCAAGAAGUAUCGUUCAUGGCAGCUGUUUCUGAGGAUUUGACUACAAAUUGUCCGAGUGGUUGCUCAGGCAAAGGAGAGUGCAUUCUGGGACACUGUCAGUGCAAGCCAGGAUUUGGAGGAGAAGACUGCAGUGAGAGUGUUUGUCCUGUCUUGUGCAGUCAGCGUGGUGAGUACAUCAAUGGCGAAUGCCACUGCAACCCAGGCUGGAAGGGUAAGGAGUGCAGCUUGCGACAUGAUGAGUGUGAAGUGCCUGAUUGUAAUGGACAUGGCCAAUGCAACAAUGGAAAAUGUACUUGCGUCCUUGGAUUCAAAGGCAAAUUUUGUGAUCAAGUGGAUUGUCCUCACCCCAACUGCACUGGGCAUGGCUAUUGUACUACGGAAGGAUCCUGUCUUUGCAAGCGUGGUUGGAAAGGUGCUGACUGUUCCAUCACAGACAAUGAUGCCCUUCAGUGUCUCCCCAAUUGCUCAGGACAUGGAACAUUUGAUCUUGAAACACAAACUUGCUCAUGUGAGCGAAUGUGGUCCGGCGAUGACUGCUCUAAAGAAUUGUGUGACAAAGACUGUGGACCACAUGGACAUUGCAUGGGUGAUACCUGUGUCUGUGAUUCAGGAUGGUCUGGAGAGUAUUGUAUGCUUAAACAAUGUGAUCAAAGGUGCAAUGAGCAUGGUCAAUGCAAAAAUGGAACAUGUCUAUGUGUCACUGGGUGGAAUGGUAAGCAUUGUACAAUGGAAGGGUGUCCCAAAGGAUGUUCUAGCCACGGACAAUGCCGAGUCAAUGGAGAGGCUUUGUGGGAGUGUAGAUGCUAUGAGGGGUGGGAUGGAAAAGAUUGUAGUGUGGCUCUUGAGCAGAGCUGUUCAGAUCAACGAGACAAUGACAAAGACAACCUUAUUGAUUGUCAAGAUCCUGAAUGUUGCAUGAGCCCUCAAUGUCGAUCGUCUCAAACGUGUAUCACCUCCCCUAAGCCAAUAGACAUUCUGCUGCGCAAACAGCCCCCAGCAAUUACUGCCUCAUUCUUUGAACGCAUGAAGUUCUUAAUUGAGGAAGGUAGUUUGCAGCGUUAUGCAAAGCAGGAUGCCCUCAAUGAAAGUGUGUUUUGGAAUCACUUCAAUAUGAGCCGUUCUGCUGUUGUUCGGGGUCGUGUGGUCACAUCUAUGGGAAUGGGCAUGAUGGGAGUGCGGGUUGGAACCACUAAUAUCAAUGAUGGUUACACCAUGACCCGUGAAGAUGGAUGGUUUGACCUCUUGCUGAAUGGAGGUGGCGCUGUUACUUUAAAGUUUGGACGCUCCCCUUUCCCAGCUGUUCAAUAUGUUGUUAAUGUACCUUGGAAUGAGGUUGUAGUGAUUGAUACCGUAGUCAUGGAAGUAGGAGAUGACCGAUCUGCUGUUUUGGCCUCGGCUUCCCCUCCAUCUCAAGCCUGCCAAUCACAUGACUAUGAUGUCAUGAAACCAGUUGUCCUAGCGACAUGGAAGCAUGGGUUUCAAGGUGCUUGCCCUGACAAAAGUGCUAUUCUUGUGGAGUCACAGGUUGUGCAAGAAAGUAUCCAAAUUCCGGGCACUGGUCUAAAUUUAGUGUACCAUAGCUCCCGAUCACCCGGAUAUUUGUCAACAAUCCAACUCCAACUUACACCAGAAACUGUGCCAACUUCUCUCAAGCUAAUUCAUCUACGUAUUACUAUUGAGGGAAUCCUAUUUGAGAAAAUCUUUGAGGCCGAUCCUGUCAUCAAGUUCACUUAUGCAUGGAAUCGUUUGAAUGUUUACCGACAACGAGUCUAUGGUGUUACUACAGCUGUAGUCAAAGUAGGCUAUGAGUACAACAAUUGUUCUGAUAUAAUUUGGGAUGUUCAAACAACCAAGCUCAGUGGCCAUGACAUGAGCAUUUCAGAAGUGGGAGGCUGGAACCUGGAUAUACACCACCGCUAUAAUUUUCAUGAAGGAAUCCUACAAAAAGGAGAUGGAACUAAUCUGUACCUCAAGCAACGUCCUCAUAUAAUUAGAACCAUUUUGGGAGAUGGACAUCAACGUUCUGUGGAAUGUCCGGAAUGUGAAGGUGAGGCACCUGCAGGUGCUGGUCAGAGACUCCUUGCUCCAGUAGCACUUGCUGCUGCCCCAGAUGGGUCACUCUUUGUCGGAGACUUCAACUUGGUUCGGCGAAUAUUGGUUGAUGGAACAGUUCGAACUGUUGUUCGACUCAAUGCCACCAGAGUGGCUUACCGCUAUCACUUGUCCCUGAGUCCUCUUGACAAUACAUUAUAUAUCUCCGAUCCUGAGGCUCAUCAGAUCAUUCGUGUGCGGAAUGUUGAUGACUAUUCAGAUCCAGACCACAACUGGGAACCUGCUGUUGGCUCAGGUGAACGAUGUCUUCCUGGAGAUGAGGCCCACUGUGGAGAUGGUGCUUUGGCAAGAGAUGCAAAACUUGCAUACCCUAAAGGAGUGGCAGUUGCAGCGGAUAAUGUGUUGUAUUUUGCUGAUGGCACCAACAUUCGCAUGGUUGAUCGUGAUGGAAUUGUUACAACUGUUAUUGGAAAUCAUAUGCAUAAGAGCCAUUGGAAGUCUGUACCAUGUGAAGGAACUUUACGAGUAGAAGAGGUUCACCUACGCUGGCCUACGGACUUAGCUAUUAAUCCCUUGGAUAACUCUCUGCACAUCAUAGAUGACCAUGUCAUUUUAAAAUUGACAAGUGAUGGGAGAGUGAAAGUUGCUGCAGGACGCCCUAUUCUUUGUGCUGGGCCUCCUGGCGCCCAUGAUACUGAAUUGGCAACUCAUGCAGCCCUGGUCAUGCCACAAUCAAUUGCUUUUGGCCCAUCUGGUGAUUUGUAUGUUGCUGAAAGUGAUUCUCAGAGAAUUAACAGAGUGAGGGUUAUUACCACUGAUGGAAGAAUAAGUCAUUUUGCCGGUGCUGAGUCAAAGUGCAACUGCUUGGAUCGAGGCUGUGAUUGUUUUGAAGAAGAUCAUUACCUUGCAGCUACAGCCAAGUUUAAUACUAUUUCUUCUAUUACUGCAACACCUGACGGAGUAGUCCACAUUGCUGACCAAGCAAAUUAUAGAAUUCGAUCUGUUACUGCAAGUAUUCCAGAAGCAAGUCCUACUCGAGAAUAUGAAAUCUACCAACCUGAAACUCAGGAAGUGUAUGUUUUCAAUAGAUUUGGGCAACACAUUGCAACCAAAAAUUUGCUGACAGGAGAAAUAUUGUUCUUAUUUACCUACAACGUUAAUACCAGUAAUGGAAAACUCAGUACAGUUACUGAUGCACAAGCCAAUAAAGUUUUCCUCUUACGAGACUAUUCCAGUCAAGUGAACUCUAUUGAAAAUACAAAGGGUCAGAAGUGCCGUCUUCGCAUGUCUCGCAUGCGUCUUCUAGCAGAACUGUCAACACCUGACAAUUACAAUGUUACCCUUGACUAUCAUGGACCAACAGGUCUACUCAAAUCAAAACUUGACAGCACGGGAAGAAGCUAUGUAUACACCUAUGAUGAAUUUGGUCGCCUCACUUCAGCUGUUACACCAACAGGUCGCAUUGUUGGCUUGGAAUUCGACUUGAGCCAAAAGGGAGCGAUGGUGCGUGUGAAGCAGGAUGGGCGCAGGCCUGAGUCUCUCCUCAUAAAGGGUUCAUCUGUUGUGACCAAACUUGGUGACGCCAGACAGAAGACCGUGCUGUUUCCAGAUGGAAGUGUAGCAACAACCACCCCAUGGGGUCAUACAGUCAGCACAGAUACUGUGCCUUACAAUGUUCUCUCAGAUAUUGAUCCUAUGCUUGGAGAAAGCUAUCCUGUGCCAUCCAAGCAAAGAACUGAAGUUGGUGGUGAUUUGGCUAACAGCUUUGAGUGGCGCUACUUCAGAGGACAAAAUCAGCAAGGUCAAGCAAAUGCCAAGAUCAAGUCUGGUACCAAAACUGCGGGUCCUGUUGGUCGGAAAUUACGGGUAAAUGGAGAAAAUAUACUAACUCUUGAGUAUGAUAAAGAUUCCAACUCAGUGGCAGUAUUCAUGGAUGACAGAGUGGAACUCAUUAACAUUACAUAUGAUCGAACUGCUCGUCCCAUUAAGUGGGGGCCACAAAAUGGUAUCUUCUCUGGAGUGGAGCUCGAAUACGACCGCUUCUCACGUCUCACUAGCUGGAAGUGGGGUGAUCUGAGUGAAACUUAUGGCUUUGACAGAGCAGGGCGACUGAAUGAAAUUCGAUAUGCAGAUGGUUCAUCUAUGCAAUAUGCUUUCAAAGACAUGUUUAGUAGCUUGCCUUUGAAGGUGACUACACCAAGGGGUUCUGAUUACCUUCUGCAAUAUGAUGAAGCUGGUGCUCUUCAGUCAUUAACAACCCCAAGAGGACAUAUUCAUGCAUUCAGCCUGCAAACAUCUCUUGGAUUUUUCAAGUACCAAUAUUACUCUCCCGUCAACCGGCACCCAUUUGAAAUCCUGUACAAUGAUGAUGGACAAAUCAUAGCAAAAGUGUACCCUCAUCAGUCUGGACGAGUUGCAUAUGUUUAUGACCAGACUGGAAAGCUAGACACAGUUCUUGCUGGUAUGUCAUCUAUUCACUACAGUUACCAAGAAAACACUAAUGCUGUUAAGUACAUUGACAUCAUAGAGCCAUAUUUUGAACUAAAACAUGAAUUCAAAUACCAUGGUGGGCUACUCAAAAAUGAAAAGCUUCAGUUCGGUAGCAAGAGUGGCUUGGAUAAUACACAUUACAGAUAUCAAUAUGAUGGUAAUGCUCGGCUGUCAGCCAUCGAUGUUGACAUCAAUAGUAAACAACUACCACAGUUACGACUCAAACACAACCAAAAUAUGGGUGUACUUGAAAGUGUUAGUGAUCUUCGUGUGUUCCGAAACAUGUUUAAUAAAUCUGUCAUGCAAGACAAUGCUAAACAAUUUUUGACCAUCAUUGACUAUGACAGCCAUGGACGCAUAAAAUCUGUUCUCAUCAACAUUAAAGCCUUUGAUGUUUUCCGCCUUGAACUAGAAUAUGAUAAGCGGAACCGCAUCAAGACUCAGCAAUUCUUGAUUGGUAGAACUUCAUCAAUGGAUCGCAUUACUUAUAAUGCUGACGGUCAUGUCAUGGAAGUUGUUGGUAGUGGGGCCAACAACUGGAAAUUUGUUUAUGACGAAAAUGGCAAUGUUAUUGGAGCUAUAGAUCAGGGGCACAAGCAGUCUUUGGGCUAUGACUUGGGUGAUCGUGUUGUGCAAGUUGGUGAUGUUGAACUUAUAAACUAUGAUUCAAGAGGCUUUGUUAUUCGUAGAGGAGAGCAAAAGUAUAGAUACAAUCCCAGAGGACAGUUAACACAUGCCUUUGAAAGAGACAAGUUUUCAGCAUGGUAUGCCUAUGAUGAUAGGGGGAGAAUGGUAUCAUGGAGAGAUGCCCAGGAUAACAUCACCCAACUUCUGUACGCCUAUCCUCACACUCCUGAACUUGUGUCACAUGUCCAUUUCCCUCAAACUGGAAGAACUUUCCGUCUCUUGUAUGAUGACCGCAAGUUCCUCAUAGCUGUGGAGACAUCAGAACAAAGAUUCUAUGUUGCUUGUGAUCAGAACGGUUCCCCAUUGGCUCUGUUUGAUAUCAAUGGAAACAUUAUCAAGGAGAUCCGCCGAACACCGUUUGGAAAAGUGCAAAUGGACUCCAAUCCAGACUUCUACUUGCCUGUUGAUUUCCAUGGUGGUCUGCUAGACCCCCACACUCAGCUAGUUUAUAUUAAAGGGCGCUUGUAUGACCCCAGUAUAGGACAGUGGAUGACACCUGCCUGGGAGGAACUAGCUAGCCAAUUGACUUCUCCAACAGAUGUUUUCAUUUAUAGAUUCCACAACAAUGAUCCAAUCAAUCCCCCGCAGAGGAGAAUAAACUACAUGACAGACUUGCAAAGCUGGCUAAGUUUAUUCGGUUACAAUAUAAAUAAUAUGCUGGGAUCCUUAUACACAAGUAAUGCAGUUUACCACCCUGUUGCAUCUGUGCGCAACACACAACUUGCACCUGAAUUUUCAGUCAUGUCUGGCUUGCAAUGUUUAGUUGACAAGGUUUCUGAAAAGUUUUCAGAACUUGGCUUUGUUCCUGAACCUCUAUUAAAAAUGGAAAGCAGAACCAGAAACCUCUUACCUCGUGUUGCAUAUCGUAGAGCUAUAUUUGGAGAGGGAGUUCUCAUCUCAAGGGGAGGUGGUGGGCGUGCACUUGUCAGUGUUGUGGACAAUGUUAAUGGAGUUCUUCAAGACGUUGUGACUUCAGUUUUCAACAACUCACACUUUUUAGAUAUUCAUUUUAGUCUUCACGACCAAGAUGUGUUCUAUUUUGUGAAGGACAAUCCUUUGAAGAUCCGAGAUGACAUGGAAGAACUAAGGCGUUUGGGUGCUAUGUUUAAUGUCUCAACUCAUGAGAAUGCAGACCAUGGCCAAAGUGGAAUAAAAGAGCUGCGUCUUCAUAACCCUGAUGCUGCUGUCUUCAUCCGUUAUGGUACUGAUCCAGAUGUAGAACGGCAAAGAAUUCUUAAGCAUGCACAUAAACGAGCCGUUGAACAGGCAUGGAAGUUGGAAAAGGCAGUUGUGUCUGCUGGAUUCCGAGGGCGGGGAGAUUGGUCUCCAGAAGAAAGGGAAGAGCUGAUGACUAAUGGCGUUGUUGGUGGAUGGGAAGGUGUGGAGCUGCACACUUUACACCGUUAUCCCCAAUUAGCUGACGAUCCAGGCAAUGUUGCUUUCCGGAGAGACGCCAAUCGCAAGCGUAGGAAGAGUGGAAAUGGGAAACAUCGAAGCCAUCGACAUGAUUCAUGAUUUGAUUCCGUUCCAUGUUCACAAUUUGUUCAAAGACUGAUCUGUAUAUUUGUCGUAUGCGUGCAGUCAACCAAUCCUUUUGUGUUGUAAAACCUUACUCCAUGCAUUGAUUGCCAAGUGAGAAGACUAUCAAUAACCAAUUCCAUCAAGACUGAAUACAUGUAUUGUGGUAUCAAUAAUUGCCACCGCAUUAGGUGAGAGCUUUGUACUGGACAAAAUUGGCCAUUAUAAAUUAUCCCACUGUUUGCUUUUGAUGUAAAUUUUCAAAAAUGUUAGUUUAAAAUUGAAAAUGUUUUAAUAAACUUAUCUUAGCCAGGCCUAUUUUUUGGGUAAAUUGAGUGAGUUGAGCGAAAUUUAAAGUGAAUUUGCAAAUGCCAGGCUAAUGGCAGUGUGCUUGCAGACAAUGUGUGUUAACCAGCGCUAGUCAUAAAUAGUUAAGUCUUCUUUUUAUAGAUUUGUUAUGGAUGUUAAAGACAGUGUUUAUUACUAUACUAUAAACUUUGUAGGGUUUUGGGGGUGGUAAUGUCUUGCCUUGCCUGAACCGUAUUUGCAGACACUGCAGAGUGCUGAGCUGCAGGUGUACCUUUGGAAGGAAGUGCUAGUCAAACUGACAACCAUGAGAAUGCAGUUGGUUUCCCUUAUGAGCUAAUAGAAAUAUAUAGAUAUAUAUUUUUUUGUAAGAUUAUUUAGUGGUGUGUUCUAUGCCAAACCAAAAUGUAUAUGUCCGUUUCCCUUCAAAAAAGAAAAGAAAAAAAAGCAGAUCUCCUUCUAUGUAGCUAUCUGUAAAGUUUGAAAAUGUUCCUCGUAUGAGGCUAUUCAGUGUACCAUAUCACACGCAGCAUUUUUAAGUGGUAAAAUAUUGCUAUGUAUACUCUAGCUAAGCUAGAGAUUUCUGUUGCCCGUUAUACAUCAUAUUUUCUGAUUUGAAAUAUCUUCUUCUUUCGUUUUCUUCCAUCAAUUUCUCAAGCAGAUGAAUGCUUUAUCAAAAUAGAGGGGCAUAUUUGAAAGUGACAGGGUAGUUGUGAUUCCUUUUAGCAACAGUUCUAUUGUUGUGUUCAGUCAGUUAUUCAAUUAUUUUAAGUCAUUUUUGCAUUUGGUCUUAACCUUUCUGUUUCUCGUGUAUUUUGAAACCCAGCAAACCAUGGAAAAUGGUGUGUUGGGUAACCUGUUGAUAUUUGUUUUGUUCUUGACUCGACCAUGACAUGAAUUUAUCACCUUUUUACUUUUAAUUUUCUUUAAGAUUGCUUUGCUGUAAAUAUUGUAAUUUAUAUUGAUGAGCAGAGACUCACAUUUAGAAAUCUAUGUUACCAACUGGUUGAAAGGAGGUGUGCGGAAGGAUGAUAUUUAAGUGUAAUUUAGGAUAAGUGUGCAAGAUUUUAAAUUGUAUGUAUCCUGUGAUGUAGCUGCUUUGUUUAGGUUGUUGUUUACUCCACAACCUUGUUGUCUCUCUUUCUUCAGUAACUUUAGUUAAAAUGGCCUACUGGUUACAUUUUUGUCCCUUUGCUCCCUCGAGGAAGCGGGAUCCCCUUCUGUAAAUUCUGUUUGCCAACAAAUAACUUGACCUAGAUACACCUUUAGUUGCUGAAUAAUCUCAAAGUUGCCAGAAGGACUACUUUUUACUUCUAGUGCAGGCUGGAGAGUAGCUCUAUGUAAAUGUUAGAAUUGGCUAGGGUGUCACUUCACUAAAACAUUUUGCCUUGAAAUUGGAUUCAAUUAUUUGUUAUUUUGCAGCAAAGAAAUGUGAAUUUUCAGUGCAAGAUUUUUGCAAGAGGCACUGGAAAAGAAGUUAUGUCUUAAAAUCAGCAUUGUUUUUUUUUUCUUUACUUUAUGCUCAAUUGUUGUCGAAACAUUAAUGCUAAAAUUUUAGCAUCAAAGUUAAUUAUUGCCCUUUCAAUGAUGAACUGUUUUGUUUUUUUACCAUUUGUGUACCUACUUUUUAAGUCUUAAAAAUUGUUAAAUGAACUCUAUUUGUGAUUUGAUUUAUUUAUUUUUAAAAUUAAUUUUAACCUUGAUGUACUGAUGCCUGCUUAAUGUGAUUUUAAUGUUUGGUCGUUUGUCUGAGUUAUUAUGAAAUAUUGACCAUUAUGGAACAGCAGUAAGAAAAUUAUUACUGCUUCAGAAAUUCACAAUAUUAUUUCAGCUGUCGUAUUCUUUCAAAAAAUUGCUGACUCUUAUGCAGCACAGUGGAAAAGUGAUAUUUUUGCAGAGUGUUUGUAUCUACAUGUGUUCUGAUUACACAGGCAAUACUUAAUGAUAGCUAAUGUAAGUCAGUCUUUGUGCGCAAUUACUCAAUGGAAUGCCUUAUGAGUACUGUGGGCCACAUUCUCCUUCCGUAGAUCUGGCUAAUGUAGAAUACUUGUUGUAGAGAUUUUCUUUUAUAUUGUUUAUUGAUUAUGUAUAUCAGUUUAGGGUUACUAUUGAAUCAACCUACCUUGUACAUUGUCCCCUUGUACAGUUGAACAACUUAAAUUCCGUUACUGUGUAUAGACAUAGAUUAGUAGGAAAUGGUGCACCCCAUCUUUGUAAAUGCUGUUAUCAGUCAUGAUAUGGAGUUUAUGUUUGAAUUGACAUUUCUCCACCUAAUAAACCCAAGAUCUGUUAAUUUUA